AGCGGCCUCCCGCACUGCGCCCCCGGCGCCCGCCCUCGCCGCAGCUCCCCGCGCCGCCGCCCGCCGGCCCCCCGCGCGCCCUGCCUGGCCAUGGCCGCCGCCUCCUCCCCGCCCAGGCCCGACAAGGAGCGCUGGGGCUGCGGCCGCCUGCCCGGCUCCCGGCGGGGCAGCUCGGGCCUGGCCAAGAAGUGUCCCUUCUCGCUGGAGCUGGCGGAGGGCGGCCCGGCGGGCGGCGCGCUCUACGCACCCAUCGCGCCCCCCGGCGCCCCCGGGCCCGCGCCCCUCGCGCCCCCCGCCGCGCCCCCGCCCGCCGACCUUGCGGCGCGCCCGCCGGUGAGCCUCGACCCGCGCGUCUCCAUCUACAGCGCGCGCCGCCCGCUGCUCGCGCGCACCCACAUCCAGGGCCGCGUCUACAACUUCCUCGAGCGCCCCACCGGCUGGAAGUGCUUCGUCUACCACUUCGCUGUCUUCCUCAUCGUCCUGGUCUGCCUCAUCUUCAGCGUGCUGUCCACCAUCGAGCAGUACGUCGCCCUGGCCACAGGGACCCUCUUCUGGAUGGAGAUUGUCCUGGUGGUGUUCUUUGGGACGGAGUACGUGGUCCGCCUCUGGUCAGCAGGCUGCCGCAGCAAGUACGUCGGCAUCUGGGGAAGGCUGCGCUUUGCCCGGAAGCCCAUCUCCAUCAUCGACCUCAUCGUGGUCCUGGCCUCCAUGGUGGUCCUCUGCGUGGGCUCCAAAGGGCAGGUGUUUGCUACCUCGGCCAUCAGGGGCAUCCGUUUCCUCCAGAUCCUGCGGAUGCUGCACGUGGACCGUCAGGGUGGCACCUGGAGGCUGCUGGGCUCCGUGGUCUUCAUCCACCGCCAGGAGCUCAUCACCACCUUGUACAUCGGCUUCCUGGGCCUCAUCUUCUCCUCGUACUUCGUGUAUCUGGCCGAGAAGGAUGCUGUGAACGAUUCUGGCCAAGUGGAGUUUGGCAGCUACGCGGACGCCCUGUGGUGGGGGGUGGUCACGGUCACCACCAUCGGCUACGGGGACAAGGUGCCCCAGACGUGGGUCGGAAAGACCAUCGCCUCCUGCUUCUCUGUGUUCGCCAUCUCCUUCUUCGCGCUCCCAGCGGGGAUUCUCGGCUCCGGCUUCGCCCUGAAGGUGCAACAGAAGCAGAGACAGAAGCACUUCAACAGGCAGAUCCCAGCGGCAGCCUCGCUCAUUCAGACAGCGUGGAGGUGCUACGCGGCUGAGAACCCCGAGUCCUGCACCUGGAAGGUCUACGUCCGCAAGCCGGCUCGCAGCCAUGCCCUGCUGUCCCCCAGCCCCAAGCCCAAGAAGUCUGUCAUGGUGAAGAGAAAGAAGUUCAAACUGGACAAGGACAAUGGGCUGAACCCCGGAGAGAAGGUGCUCACAGUCCCCCACAUCACGUGCGAGCCUGUCUCAGAGGACCGGAAGCCAGACCACUUCUCUGUGGACAGCUGUGACAAUUCUGCCAGGAAGAGCCCCAUGCUGCUGGAGGUGAGCCCGGCCCACUUCAUGAGGACCAACAGCUUCGCCGAGGACCUGGACCUGGAGGGGGAGACGCUGCUGGCGCCCAUCACCCACGUGUCACAGCUGCGGGAACACCACCGGGCCACCAUCAAGGUCAUUCGGCGCAUGCAGUACUUUGUAGCCAAGAAGAAAUUCCAGCAAGCCCGGAAACCCUAUGACGUGCGGGACGUCAUCGAGCAGUACUCCCAGGGCCACCUCAACCUCAUGGUGCGCAUCAAAGAGCUGCAGAGAAGGCUGGACCAGUCCAUCGGGAAGCCCUCCCUCUUCAUCUCUGUCUCAGAGAAGACCAAGGACCGCGGCAGCAACACCAUCGGGGCCCGCCUGAACCGGGUGGAAGACAAGGUGGCCCAGCUGGACCAGAGGCUGGUGCUCAUCACGGACAUGCUUCGCCAGCUCCUCUCCCUGCACCAGGGCGGCCGGCUGGGCGACCGGACCCCCGGCGAGGGUGGGGCCCAGGCGCCGCCCCCCUGCGGCUCCCUCAACCCAGAGCUCUUCCUGCCCAGCGGCGCCCUCCCCACCUACGAGCAGCUGACUGUGCCCCGCGGGGGCCCCGAUGAGGGGUCCUGACAGGGGCUUGGGACCCCAGGCCUGCGAGGGCAGGGCCGGAGGAGCCCAGUUCGGCCCAGCGCACCUCCCACCUGGGAGGGGCGCCCCCCCCCAGGUCACUGGCCCCUCCCUCCCGGGCCUCAGACCCCCCAUGGGCCACGCCGCCCUGAGAGGCUGUGCCUUGGGAGUCACGAGGCCUCCCCUUCCAGCCAGCAGGUACUAGAACUUGGCUGGGUUUGGAGGCCUCCUCUCGGCUUCGAGACCAUGACCCCCACAUGAUUUGUAUGGCAGUUGGGACAUAGUGGCAGGGCUCAGUCUCGACCCCGGGGUGCCGGGCAUCCUAGGCACUUGGUCCUCGCAUGUAUGGCUGACAAAACACAGGUGUGAGCAGGCCCACCCUGCUAGGCCCCAGGGGACCUCCUGGGAGGAGACAGGGCAGUCAGGACAGGAUCUGUGGGUACCCACCCUCAGCCUCGAACCCAGGACCCAGGGAGGAGGCAGGCAGGGCAGGGCAGGCCCAGCCAGUGCCAAACCGAGGGUGCCAGCAAUCGAGGCCCGGGCCAUGCUCUCCACCUGCAGAGACUGGCUCAGAGGCCAGGGUUAUGAGGGACCCUGAGGCCACCACGUCCAGCAGGAGGGCCGGCCUGCCAUGGUGCCCGUAGUGCUCCAUGGGGGUGGACUGUCCCCCACUGUGGACUGGCAGCUUCUCCCACUGACCCCUGCCCUGCACACAGCCCCCACUGCAGCUCCCCACCGGGUCUGGGCAGCUAGAAGGACACCAGAACUGUCCCGUCCCCCGGCCAGCUGCUGAGCGUGGGGCAGGCGUAGGGGUCUCUCAGCCCCUGCACGAGACGGGGCUCCUCCUGGGCAUCUCAGCUCACAGAAAUCAGAAUAAUUUGUGGUGAUUUGGAAUCUGUGUUUUAAUGAGUUUCACGGUGUGAUUUUGACCCUUAAUUGUGGCGCUUUUCCUAAUAAACGUGGAGUCACGGAGCUGG